UGACAGCCCUUUCUCAGUCCAGCCGGUUAAACAUGGCUACUACGCAACUCGUCCAGUCUCACGGCCCGUUUCAGGGCCUCCCUACCUAUCCCGAUACUGAAGGGCUCUCGAACCUGACUGCCAUUGUCACCGGUGCAAAUGGAAUGUCUGGAUACCACAUGGUCCGUGUGCUAGCGGCUGCGCCAGAGCGCUGGAGCAAGAUUUAUUGUCUAUCUCGUCGGCCUCCUCCAAGUAACUUCUUCGAGGAUUUGGGCGAAGGUGCACGGCGAGUUACGCACAUCCCGGUGGACUUUCUCGCUGAUCAGGCGGAGAUUGCGGACAAAUUGAGUGUCAUUGACAAGGUAGACUACGUCUGUUUCUUCUCGUACAUGCAGCCACCCCAAGAAGGAAAUAUACUAGGGAUGUGGUCAGACGCAGAAGAACUGGCCAGGGUUAACGGAACCCUAUUGCAAAACUUCAUCGCCGGCCUCCAACAAUCCGCCCUGAAACCAAAACGCUUCCUCCUGCAAACCGGCGCAAAGCACUACGGCUUCCACAUCGGCCCAGCAACAAAUCCCUCCUUCGAAUCUGAUCCCCGAAUCGAUCUCGAAGCAAAUUUCUAUUACCCACAGGAAGACGCCCUGUUCGAGUACUGCAACACCACCGGCGUCACCUGGAACGUUGUCCGCCCAUCGUAUAUCAUAGGCGCAGUGCGCGAUAGUGCCCUCAACCACAUGGUGGGACUGUCAAUCUACGCCUCCAUUCAGGCGCACUUAAACCAGCCUCUUGCAUUUCCCGGUGACUAUGCGGCGUGGGACCGCGAGUACUGCCAGAGCACGGCGCUGCUGAAUGGGUAUUUUGAGGAGUGGGCGCUGCUUACUGAUGGGGCUUCGAAUGAGGCGUUCAAUAUCCAGGAUGGUCUGCCGUUUACAUGGGGCCGGUUCUGGAUGUAUCUGGCGGAGUGGUAUGGGACGACCUGGUCGCCGCCGGAGAGUGAUGAGUCGAAGUAUAGGGUUACCACGUCGAGAUAUGUGGAGACGCCGAGGGGUUAUGGCCCCGUUGGAACGACUCGCUCGACAUUCAGUCUCCAAGAAUGGUCUGAACGGGGGGAAGUCCAAGACGCUUGGAAGGAACUCGCUUCAAAGCACGGGCUGAGUCUUGACCCAUUCACGCCAAAGAACAGAGCGCAGAUCUUUGGAAUGACGGAUUCCGCGGUUAUUGGCGGCUGGGCGCUUUCGCUUAGUAUGUGCAAGGCACGCAGACUGGGAUUUUUGGGAACGGCGGACUCGUACGAGAGUGCGUUUAAUACGAUGAGGGAUCUGGCGAGGUUGAAGGUUGUUGUUCCGCUCGUUAAAGAGGAAUAUAGUGGGGAUUUGUAGGGUUUGGUCUAUUGCCCUAGGAGUAUUUUUGUUUGAGUAGUUGUUCAUGAUUGCAUUGAAUACCAGCUGAACGAUUGAUAUUGCAUGAUAUACACCUCUACUU